CACUUCAGCGUUAUCCAGUGAGCGGUGCGCUUCGUCUCUUCUUAAGACAUUAAAAUACUGUCGAAAGUUAUUUUAAACGAGAAAGGAAAUGGAGGUAAACGUUGGCGCUUCAAAUCCCGCAGUGAUCGCUGACGUCUCGUUCUCGUUUCAAGAUGAACUGACUGCGACCCUGCAGAACGCGCUCGGUGUCGCGGUAGAGAUCGCCGUCGCAGAGAUCACCAGACUGCUGGACAGAGCGCUCAGAGACGUGCGAGGCAAAAUUCAAGAGGCUCUGCGGGACAACAGUGCGCUCAAGUUUAGGCUACAAACAGCUGAAACACAACUUUCUAAUGUGUGUGGUCGCCUGAAUCAACAGCCACAGAUACUCGAAGAUUUUAACGUUAGCAGUCAGAUGGUGACGACCCCCAUCAGCUGCAGCAGGGUUCAGCGCGGGGGUCCACAGUUAAAUACCCUUAAUAAUGUUCGGCAACAAACCGAGUCCGCUGUGGACUCGGAAAAUGUUUAUGAGGUAUGUGGGCCCAAGGAAACUGAUGUAUUCCAGCGAGGAUCAGUCUGUGGGAACCCCCAUGGAGGCGCAUGCGCUCAGGCUUCGAACUCGCUUGAAGAAUCAACCCCCUAUAGAUUAGAUGAGGCAAAUGACAUCAAGAAUGAGCAACACAGUAUGACCAAAACUGAGCAGGGAUGUGCUGGAAUGGUUACAGAUGUGCUGAGUGAGGAGUCGUCCCUUGAAGUGGCUGUAAAAGUAGAAAAAGAGGAUGGAUAUGGUGAACCAAUCCCAGUAACCCUCUCUGUAGUGGGGGAGCCUAACUCAAACAGAAUUUUUCUGGCUCAGUCUCAACUACUGGAAGACUGGAGACCUGAGCCAUUGCAGUCAGAGAGCUGCCAAACAAACAUGCACUGCCAGUCCAACAACCAAUCCCAAGAUUUCUUGUCAUCCUCAAGCUCAGGGCAACAAAGCUACUUCCCAAAGUUCCACAACAAUUACAAGGGUCCCGAGUGCCAUGCAUUUCCCCCCGGCCGAAGAUUAUAUCGUUGUGGCCUGUGUGAGCGAGACUUUAACCGUAAACAACAUCUCAAGAUCCAUCAGAGGAUCCAUACAGGAGAGAGGCCGUACACUUGCUCCAUCUGCAGCGCACGCUUCCGUCACGCAUUGACACUCAAGCGCCACUCCCGCAUCCAUACGGGAGAGAAACCUUAUGCUUGUGAUCAGUGUGGGAAAAACUUUCGAAAUGAUGGUGGUUUGAAGUUCCAUCAGUGUUCAUGACAACAGUUGUAUAAAUGCACUCUUUAUGGUAGUCAUGUGUUGCAGGGUGAAUCCAAUAUAGGAACCCCAGGAACAAAACUUACAAGAACCAAAAUGGAGUUGUAAAAUUAAUUAAAAUAAAUAAAUAAAU